GAUUGUCUUUGCUUUUUUUAAUUGUGCUCGUGAAGAUGGUUAUAGUUUUCUUAGUGUUGGAGACACGCUGUUUGAAUUUCGUGUUUAUGCGUUAAAGAGGGUCUGAAAUGACGGAUUUUUGAAUCGGAAGAAUACUGACUGUUCCUUUUCUCUGUGGUUUGUCAUGUUAAUUUCGACUGUGUUUUGAACGUGAAAAACAUCACUUUCUGAUUUGCGAAUAAACACUCGAUCGCAAACUCCUUCAAAGAUGUGACAUAUCUUCCACUCCGAUGGAAUUUCGUCCACCUGGCCAGAAAACAGACAGAGGCAGGUGGUCGUGUGAGACGCCCGCACGAGAUUGGCCUAAAGCAAAGCUAAUCAGAAGCAGCAUAACUAUUUCAGUGAAAUACGGUCGAUGCUGAAAUGUCACUGACUUUCCCGACGUCAGAUGAUGCUAACGGCACCUUUUUGCACCGGUGCCAAGGAAUCAAGGAACCAGUGUUUUGUCGUCGAUCAUUUCGAAAAUGAAGACAAACUCGGCAGGAGCAUUUUCAUCUGCGGACGACCCAGAGCGCCAAAGGGGGUGAGACGGACGGGGACUUUUUAAUAACUUUCUGCUUUUUUCUGCUCUCUCUAGGCCUUGGGAAAUAGAAACGCGAGUCACAGUGUCCUGCCUGAGUCGGACGAGGAUGUAAGGAAGAGAGAACUGUCAAAUCCUAAGAAAAAGUUAGGGCAAGAAAGGAAGGGAGAAAGGUGGGACUAAAAGGAGAGCGAAGGGAAAGAAGUGACUUCCAGAAGCGAAAGAGAGGGAAGGAAAAAGAGCCAAGGGCUAGGAGGAAGGGCAGUAAGGCGAGGAAGAAGGGGCUUAUUAAAGGGAGAGAAGAGAAGUGACUUCCACAAGCGCGAGAGAGACAAGGACGAGCGCCAGGGACGCCCCCAUGCCAGGGCGGCCGUGCAAAGCCCUUGCAGCGCCGGCCACCUCGAGGACUCCCUGAGGCUCACGAUGGAUGCCUCGCUUCCGCCCAGGAGUCGCGCCCACCGCUUCGCCUCCGCCCCGCCCACCCUCAACGCCUCGUCCGCCCUCCUCCUCAACGCCACCCUCGACCUCCUCAGCGCGACCAGCGGCGACCCCAUGGGUGUGCAGCAGGACCGCACGGGCGACCUCUUGUACGGGGGCGGCGGCGUGGGCGUCGGGGAGCGGGAGAGUCUCUGGCCGACCUCCAGCUUCCCGAGCAUCAGCCAGGACCUGGUUGGAGGAGGAGGAGGAGGAGGGGCGGGAGCGCUGGGCGGAGGCGCGGGCGGGGUCGGCCUAGCGGGGAACUACUCCAGCUACCCGGCCACCAUGAGGCUCUCCGAGGAGGGCUACUACCUCUCGGCUUUCUUCCUCUUCCUCAUCGGCUCCCUGGGCAUGUUCAACAACCUCGUCGUCCUCAUCGUAAUGGCCAAGAACAAGCAGCUGCGAUCGCCUCUCAACCUGUUCCUGAUCAACCUCGCCAUAUCUGACUUCGGAAUCAGCGUGGUUGGGAAUCCGAUUUCACUCAUGGCAGCGCUCAACCGGGGCUGGUAUUUCAACAACCAUGUCUGUGUUGGAUACGCCUUCCUCAUGUCCUUUUUCGGUAUCACCUCCAUAGGAACCUUAAUGGUAUUGGCCUUCGAGCGAUACCUUAUGAUCUCCCGCCCUUGGAAGACGUCCGAACUGACCCAGCGAGGCGCCAUCCUAGCCAUCAUGGGCGUGUGGGUGUACUCGUUCCUGACGACGGCGCCUCCUCUGGCCGGCUGGGGCGGCUUCGGGAUCGAGGGGCCGGGGAUCAGACGGCUAGCUACCCUGUGCCAAAUCCGUCACAUACCGGAUGAACUACAAACGCAAGUGGCAUUGCCGAGAAACAUGCAAGAAACGACCCUCAUCGCCCUAGGGAAGAAACGGAGAAUAAUUCCUGAUUUAGUAUUAUUAUUACCUAUGAAGAGGCAAGCUUGUCCUGGGUUUAGUGCUGAGUCGUGGCUAGACCGCCAAUACUCGCAUGCUGAUCCUCCUACACUGAAGUGA